UGUGUGUGUGCGCGUGUGUGUGUGUGCGCGCGCAGGGCAGCACCCGCCUCGCUGGGGGGAGGAGUGUGGGGCCGGGAGGCUUCUGCCAGCUGAGCUGUCAGGCUGCGCUUCUGGGGGAGCCCCCGGUUGGUGGGGGUCCCUUGGCACGACAACUCAAGGUGGUUGAGGUGGUGGUGCUCCUCUCUGCUCGAUCGCCACAACAGUCCUGUGAGCAGCGAUGCUGGAGGAGCAGCCCCUGCUGUCCUCGGCCAGCCCGGCCCUCCUGGUCGCCGCCGAAGAGCCCUCGUCCUUCGGGCACGGCAUCCUGAUGGCUCUGGGCAAGGUCCUGUUUGCGGCGCUGCCUGUCGCCGGAAUCGCCAUCGGGGCCACGUACCUGGGCCAGUGUCCCCGGCAGCCGCUCCUCCCCGUCUACCUGGUCGUCCUGGGCAGCGUGGUGCUGCUGCUGCUGCUCCUCAGCUGCACCCCCUGUGAGGACGGCACUGGCCAGCCCAGCGCCUGCGCCCGCUGCUGCCAGGGCUCCUGCAUCCUCUUCCUCUUCUGCUGGUUCAUUGCCGGCAACGUGUGGAUCUACCCCAUCUACCCGCCAGACUACGAGGACCCCGGCCACCCCCGCUUCUGCCAGCAAGUCCUCUUCCUCUUCGCGUUCGGCAUCACCACCAUGGUCCACGCCACCCUGGCUGUGGUGCUGUUGCUCACCCUCUGCAUCCUUGCAGGCGUGUUUGGUGCUGUCCUGCCCUACGGUGGCCAUGGCGAUCGCGGGGGCCCAUAGCUGUGGGGUGCUGUGUGUGUGUGUGGGGGGGGAUAGCCAAGGGC